AUGCUAGCCUGGCCUCUUGACGAGGGCGGGACUAUCUAUGGGAGUGGCUUCGAAGCCGCAGGAAUCAACUACGCUGUAUACAAGGCAAACGAUGACAAUGCAAAUCACCUCACUCCCAUCAUGCUGUAA